UCUCGUUGGUUUGGACAGAUUAGACGUGACGUGGAUCAGGAAGCGGCUGCAGAUCUGCACAGAGAGGGUCGAGUGUGAACUGGUGUCGUGUCCAACGCAAGAGAAACCGAAGAUGUCACGAGCUGCUGGAAAAGCCGGAAACCUGAGAGAGAAACUAGAUGGGAAUGAACUGGAUUUAAGUCUCAGUGAUCUGAGCGAAAUACCGGUGAAGGAGCUGGCCGCGAUUCCCAAGGCGACUGUGCUGGAUCUUUCUUGCAACAAGCUGACCACAAUACCGAGUGACUUCUGCUCUCUCACUCACAUUGUGAGGCUGGAUCUCAGUAAGAAUCAGUUGCUCCAGCUUCCGACUGAUAUUGGCAGACUGGUGAACCUACAGCAUCUCGAUCUGCUCCAGAACCGUUUAAAAGCCCUGCCGGUCAGCUUCGCUCAGCUCAAGAGCUUGAAAUGGUUGGACUUGAAAGACAAUCCCCUGAACCCUGCCCUGGCCAAAGUAGCUGGAGACUGCCUGGAUGAAAAGCAGUGUAAAGAGUCUGCGCAAAGGGUUUUGGAGUAUAUGCAAGUCAUUCAGGCACAAAAGGAACAGGAAUUGCAGCGCAAACUUCAGCAGGAGCAAGUUCUGAAGCAGAAACGUGAGGCCGAGCAGAAGAAGAAGGAGGAGAAGGAACGGGAGCAAAAGCGCAAACAGAAAGCUCAGCAGAAAGCCCGCAAGAAGAGGGACUAUGAUGCUCAGCAGGCAGCUCAGCAAGAGAAAGAGAAGGAGAAGAAGAAGAAGAAAGAACCUGCACAGUCUCACAAUCACAAAAUCUCUAAUAAGCCUGCACAGAAACAAAAACCACGGCGGAGCUCCUGGCUGGGUGUGGUGAUGCGGGUGAUCCUGUUUGUCUUCAUCACGCUCCUGGCAAGUAUGGUAGCGUGCCGCUACACUCAGCUGCAGAGUCAGAGCAUGUGCGCCAGCGUCAACGCAGUGUAUGACGACACCGUGAGAACUCUGAGGAGCUCCCAAAUACUGGAGAGUGUCCUCCGGCUUGCUUCUCGACAGUAACGGCUAAAGACAUUUAUGAAGAAAAGGGUUAUUCCUUCCUGAGGGUGUUUACAGUCUGGGGGGCUCCUCCAUGCUGUUUUAACUUUUUUUUAUAUAUAUUUAAUAAGACUUUACCAAUUCCGUUCAUCUGAUGUCUUAAAGAGGAUGUCCGUUACACCUGGUGUGGGGGAUACUGUAAGUCUGUUUUAAGGUGGAGGGGAGAGUUGGUUGUCCUGCAACAUUUCUACGGCCUUUCUAGGGAUUGGUACCAAGCUGUCACCUUGUGUGUGUACAUAUCACGUAUAGAAUUGGUACCAAACCUUGUGUGUACAUAUCACGUACAGAAUGACCCUCUAUAUUUUUAUAUGGAUUUAGGCAUUUCUCCGAUUUUGUGAAAAAUGGAUUCGACUGCCAACUGCCCAUUCUCCAUUCCAGUUCAUUUACAGCUCAGGUUCUCCAGAUAGUUUUCUGAAUGAUGUGCUUGUAACCAAACCGCUCUCGAUGGCUUUACUAGUAAUCGUGAUGUGAUAGUGUGACAUUUCUUUGUAAAAAUGCCAUAAUGCUGCCUUCUGAUUCCAAUGGAUCCCAAAUUUCUACGAACAAAUAAUAAAAUAACACCCUGUC